AUGUGGAGGCUUCUUUUAGAUAGAAUUCCUACUAAAGAGGCGUUGCGAAGAAGGAACAUUAUUCAUGGUGAGAGCGCUUGUGAUUAUUGCAGCGAAGAGGUUGAGAGUGCUGACCAUGUUUUUACUGGUUGUGGGCUGGCGACAGGUGUGUGGCAGGGUAUUGCAAAUUGGGUUCGGUUACCUCCGAUUUUUCUGUUUUCUAUUAAAGACUUACUCGAAGUGGUUAAGUGCUCGGGAUGGUCGAAAGGUAGGAAAGAGAUUCUUUACGGGAUUGUUAUGGUGACCUGUUGGCGGAUCUGGAAAGCCAGAAAUGAGAGGAUAUUUUCUCAGAAGAAUAGAAGUGUUGUGGAGUUAGUGGCGGAUGUUAAAUCUUUGAGUUAUCUUUGGUUUUGUAGUAGAGGUAAAAAUGGGGGAGUGGAUUGGAAGGGUUGGAAAGUUUUUUCUUUUGAUGUAAUGUAA